AUGGCUAAACCGAAAUUGCUUAGCUUGGACGCAUUUGCAAAAACAGCUGAUGAUGUAAAAGUUAAGACAACUAGUGGUGGUGUCAUUACGUUAAUCUGUUUGAUUGUAACUUUGAUACUGGUUACGAACGAGUACUUCGAUUAUCAAACAGUAGUUAUUCGACCUGAGCUAGUGGUAGAUAGAGACCACGCAAAAAAGCUAGACAUUUCUUUGAAUGUGACAUUUCAUCACAUCCCUUGCGAACUUCUAGCGAUGGAUAUUAUGGAUAUAACUGGCGAUCUACAGAUUGACCUUCUUAUGUCCGGGUUUCAGAAAACUCGAGUAGUAGAUGGUCUGGCAAAAGAGACGACUGAAUUAAGGGUCAAUGAAUACAAGCAAGAGAACAAUAAGUUAACUAAUAGCAACAAUCCAUAUUACUGUGGUAGCUGCUACGGAGCUUUAAAUCAAAAAGAUAAUGAAAACAAACCUUUCGACGAGAAACUCUGUUGCAAUACCUGCGAAUCUGUGAAGAAAGCUUACGCAAAGGCAGGAUGGGCUUUUUAUGACGGAAGGAACAUUGAGCAGUGCGAAAAUGAGGGUUAUGUGCAACUGGUCACUUCGAUGGUUGAUGAAGGAUGCCAGGUUUCUGGAACUGCACAGAUAAAUAGAGUGUCAGGUAAUCUUCAUUUUGCUCCUGGGAGUUCGUUAACCAGCGGCUCCCGCCAUAUUCAUGAUUUAUCACUUUUCGAAAAGUAUCCGGAUAAGUUCAACUUUGAUCAUACUGUGAAUCAUCUUUCUUUUGGAAAGACAAUCGACAAUCAGGAGAUGUCCACUCACCCUCUUGAUGGAUAUGAGGCAGCUACCGGAAAUAAAAACCAUCUUUAUUCAUAUUUUUUGAAAGUGGUAGCAACUAGAUAUGAGUCUAUGUCAGGAUUGAAGUGGGACACAAACCAGUUUUCAGCCACGUAUCAUGAUAGGCCAUUGGAAGGUGGUCGUGACUCUGAUCAUCCAAACACUUUACAUGCUUCAGGAGGAAUACCGGGAGCGUUUUUUCAUUUUGAAAUAUCUCCUUUAAAAAUAAUUAACAGGGAACAAUAUUCAAAGACACGGUCUGCUUUUGCUCUUGGGGUUAGCGCAAGCGUUGCAGGAGUCUUAACUCUCGGAUCUGUUUUGGAUAAGACAAUAUGGACUGCAGAUCAAAUUCUUCGACAGAAAAAGGAUUUGUAG